GUUUAAAUCUGAGAACAGUUGAGAAACUCUGAUGAAUACCGCGGACUUUAAUGAGCAGAACUGCCUGCCUGCUACUUAGUCAGUUUGCGUGCCUCUUUUGAGCGUCAAAGAAGCCCAUCUGUCAACAGUCCAAAGUGCUCUCAAAGAUGAAGCGCGCUGUCAGUGAAAAUCGUAAUCAUCUGUACCGAGUUAUGAUGCUGAUGUGCCGCGCUGCGCUGAGGUGUUCACUAAAACGAGAGGAACGGGUAAAUUAGAGGCUCUUACCUCACGAAAUUCUGCUCUGACUCAAAACAACUUUUCUAACUAUGUUUUUCGAGCGGGCUGAUUUAAACUACAGCUUUAACAUGAGCGAGGAAGACCGGCUAACUCUUCUGGACGGGGACUGGAGCGACUCGCCGGUGGAGACGCUCUCACGCGCGGGCUUCAUCGCGCUGUCCGUGUUUCUAGGAUUCAUCAUGACUUUCGGCUUUUUCAAUAACUUUGUCGUGUUAGUACUUUUCUGUAAGUUUAAGACGCUCAGGACACCGGUUAACAUGCUGCUUCUUAACAUUAGCGUCAGUGACAUGCUGGUGUGUAUGUUCGGGACGACCCUGAGCUUCGCGUCCAGUGUGCGGAGACGGUGGCUGCUCGGACGGCACGGCUGCAUGUGGUACGGCUUCAUCAACUCCUGCUUCGGCAUCGUGUCUCUGAUAUCCUUGGUGGUUCUUUCUUACGACCGCUACAGAACAUUGACGGUGUACCAUAACCGUGGUCCAGAUUAUCGCAAACCUCUUCUGGCAGUACUGGGUUCGUGGCUCUACUCUUUGAUCUGGACAGUGCCCCCUCUUCUGGGCUGGAGUAGUUAUGGCCUGGAGGGAGCGGGAACCAGCUGCUCUGUAUCUUGGACCGAGCGCUCGGCCCAGUCUAAUGCCUACAUCAUCUGCCUGUUCAUAUUCUGCUUGGGACUACCAGUGCUCGUCAUGGUCUACUGCUAUGGGAGACUGCUGUACGCCGUCAAACAGGUAGGGAAGAUACGCAAGACGGCAGCGCGGAAACGUGAAUACCACGUUUUGUUCAUGGUUAUCACCACGGUGGUGUGUUACCUUCUGUGCUGGAUGCCGUAUGGUGUCGUGGCCAUGAUGGCUACAUUUGGCCGGCCAGGAAUCAUCUCACCUGUGGCCAGUGUGGUCCCCUCUCUCCUCGCCAAGAGCAGCACGGUCAUCAACCCACUCAUAUACAUCCUGAUGAACAAACAGUUCUACAGGUGCUUCUGCAUCAUGUUCUGCUGUAGGAGGAGUUCAAUGCAGAAUGGCCAUUCCUCCAUGCCUUCCAAGACCACAGCCAUCCAGCUCAACCGUAGAGUCCACAGUAAUACUGUUGCCUGCACUGCUCAGAUCUCCACGGGCAUCCAUGACUGCAGCACUCCUGCCACAGAGAGGACCAACCCUCCAGAGGUUACCACCUAACCUGAGUGGAGCCAACAGUUACGACAUCAAACAAUGUAGAUAAUGUGGGUGAUGGUGAACCCUGCUCUUUUGCAGUUGCAACAAUGAAUUGUUAAUCAAUUAUAAAAAUAAGUGGAUUGUCAACAAAGCAAACAAAGGGCAUGUCACGAACCACACUUAAGUGGUUUGAGUCUUAUCUCUCAGAUAUGUCCUUCAAGGUAUCUUUGAGAGGUGAGGUGUGAAGUUGUAACAUCUAACUUCUGGGAUGCCUCAAGGCUCUGUUCUUGAACCUCUUCUCUUCUCGGUCUUCAUGGCAUCAAUAGGUUCUGUCAUUCAGAAACAUGGCUUUUCAUGUCACUCCUAUGCUAAUGACACUCAAUUCUACCUCUCAUUCCAUCCUGAUGAUCCGUCAACAGCUGCUCGCAUCUCAGCUUGUCUAACAGACAUGUCUUGUUGGAUGACGGACUAUCACCUUCAACUCAAUCUUGCCAAGACAGAACUGCUUGUGGUUCCAUCAAACCCAUUGUUUCAUCACAAUUUCACCAUCCGGUUAGGCACAUCAACCAUAACUCCUUGAAAAACAGCCAGAAACCUUGGAGUUAUGAUUGAUCAGUUUACUUUCUCAGACCACAUUGCUAAAACUGCCCGGUCCUGCAGAUUUGAUUGAUUGAUUUCAACAUCAAAAGAUCAGGCCCUUUCUUUCAGAACAUGAUUCACAACUUCUUGUUCAAGAUCUUGUUCUAUCCAGGCUGGACUAUUGCAAUGCUCUCUUGGCAGGUUUUUCAGCCAGUUCUAUCAAACCUUUACAAGUAAUUCAAAACAAGGCAGCAAGAUAAUUUUUAAUGAGCCGAAAAGAAUGUACAUCACACCUCUGUUUAUCGACUUGCAAUGGCUACCAAUAGCUGCUCACAUAAAAUUCAAGGCAUUAAUGUUUGCCUCAAAACCACCACGAGCUCUGCACCCCUUUACAUAAAUUCAUCAUUUCAGAUGCCCUUAUGUAAUACUUCAGUAUUACUUAUGUGCCCUCCAGAAGCUUGUGUUCUGCAAGUGAACGUCACUUUAAUGUGCCAUCCCCACAGAGGCACAAAAUCACUUUCACAGACAUUUAAAUUAAAUGUUCCCUCCUGGUGGAAUGACCUGCCCAACUCAAACCGAGCAGCUGAGUCCUUAGCCAUCUUCAAGAAUCGGCAAAAACCACAUCUCUUCCCUGUUUAUUUGACCCUCUAGCACUCUCCAUUGUAAUUCUAUUCUAUAAAAAAAA